CCCACCCGUAUAUCGUACACCACUUAACCGUUCGUUACUUCAUUGAUAAGGCAGAGAAGUAACCCUAAUCGGGUCGAGUACGUCUCAUUCGGUUGAAAAUGGAUUGUGGAUUGCCCUUAAGAAAAGGAGCUUACUAUUGAUUAUAUGCCUUUCUUAUACUGUUCCAAAUUUGUUGUUAAAAUUUGUCUCAUUCCCAUUAACUUAUACAGGAAAAUUACUGUGUACAUGUGUGGAAGUUUUUAGGGAAAGGCUUUAAAACAGCCAUCACUGCUGAAAAGAAUUACAGCGAAGGUCACUUACUAAAGUGCGUUCCUUGUCCAACUUCACGCCUCGUACGGUAGUAGGUAUAAUCGCUAAAAGAAAGCGUGUCGUAGUAGUAACCGUAGGUAAAGGAAGGGCGAAAAAUGGAACAAAUGUGUAAAAUGAGAAAAAAUCAAUAACACUUAAGUAACCCACUUGAAAGGGGCCUGUAUUCUUCUGAGGCUACGUACUAUAGUGUUGGCUUGAAGCACAUGUAACGCACGAUUUGUAAUUGUUGCCUAGUCUGUCCUUAUAAGUGAUCUUGCGACGGGAUGAAUAGUUUUUGAUUCAAUUAAUUACGUGUCAACCAAAUUCGAUUGAUUUGGUUUUAUUGUAACUCGCGUUUGUGUCUUGAAUUAUUAUUUUAUGUAUAAUGUAUUUUUGUCCAGCGUGAUUAAUUUAUGUAAUUGUUCAUUUUUGUUUUUCCGGUACAAAAAUAACAAUAUUGCAUAAUACGUUCAGGAGACUUUCCACAGAAUAUACAUAAUUUCUCAUAUUCAGUUAUAACUUAUUUACACUGAGCAGUAACGAAUUAGGAUGUUCAAAAUCAACACUAUUUACAUCAAUUUGUAAAAUGUGUUUAACAUAUGUUUGAGCUGAAUGAGCUAUUAGUGACACCAUAUGUUUCCAUCGAAUUGAAUUAGAUUGAAAAUUUUACUUUGACAUUGCUUAGUGACAAUUUGAUUAUUUUCAUUUUGUUAGCUCAAAAAAUAUUCUGUUUCUGCUUUUUUUUUCUUUUAAAUGUUAACGCUUCAGUAUUAAUUUCAUUAUAUACAACAUAAGAAACACUGGUUUGUGAGCGAGUGUACCAAUACCUUCAAGUGCACCUGUCCCAUAAUCUAUGUCCAGGGUGACAAACAUUGUUAAACUCUUCACAAAUGCAGGUAAAGAAGGGCUUUAUUUAAGCGAUGAUAACGUUCCGUACGCCGCAUUGUGCAACCGGGGAAUUGGUUACAAUAUGCGACUCUGGAAGGCAUACGCAGGGAAGCCGCCUCGUGCCGACAUGAGCACUGCCGACACAUUAUUCUACCAGCACAGAUACUGAUACGUUUUUUAGCUACAAAUUUACGCGACCUAAUGAUAAGUGGUCGUAUUUUAGUCAUCACUCAAUCGUCGCUGAUAGCAGAUCGACGAUUCGAUUCAGCCAAUCUCUUCACUUUGUUUCUCUGUUGGUGAAUGGAAUGGAUGAAGUUUUUCUCAAUGUGUUUAAACGAAUAGAAGAUUAUUGGGGAUUUGCAGCGAAAGAGGACAUUAAGGAAGAAUUGAAGCAGGCGGGACACACAGAAACUAAUGGCGAAACACCAGUUCCAUCGGCAGCGUUACCGUUGCCGAAGAAUGAUUCUGGCAACAUUAUCAAUGCGGAAAAGUACUUCCUUCCGUUUGAGCUUGCUUGCCAAAGCCGAACACCCCGCAUCGUCGUGACGGCACUGGAUUGUCUGCAGAAGCUAAUCGCUUAUGGUCAUCUGACCGGGAACAUUCCAGACUCGUCGAAUCCGGGCAAGUUUCUGAUCGAUCGAAUCGUCACCACGAUAUGUAACUGCUUCAUGGGUCCGCAGACCGACGAAGGUGUACAACUGCAGAUCAUCAAGGCAUUGCUAACGGUUGUCACCUCACAACAUGUCGAGGUACAUGAAGGUACGGUACUGCAAGGUGUGCGAACCUGUUACGAUAUUUAUCUGUCGAGCAAAAACCUUAUCAACCAAACAACGGCCCGGGCCACCCUGACUCAGAUGCUGAAUGUGAUUUUCACGCGCAUGGAAAAUCAAGCUUUCGAAGCAGUUGCGACCGCUGGAACGGCAAAUUCUGUUGCAACGAGUAGUAGUGGCUCGACUUUACAAAGCACUUCACCCAACAAUAGCGCCGUUGCCGGAACGGACGAAUCUCCCACGCAGCCUAGCUCGGUAGUGAAACCGAUGGAAGAGAAACAUCCCGAUUAUGAUACGGUCCGGGCAAUCGUAGAAGAAAUUGUCGACAAUGUGAUAGCACAGGCUGCUUCUAACGUUGAGAGUAUUGAGGGUGUACUUUCGGGAAGUGUAAGCGAACCUGCAAUUAGCAUCAAUGAAACGAGUGAAACGGCCAGCAUCGGCGGAAUAUCGAUUGGUGGUGGUACCGAUUCAACAUCGAUCGCACGGGUACCAUCGCAGGAAAGCAUGGAAGUGACGAGCGAAAAUGAUAGCAUCGUGACGGCCAAAUUUACCCACAUCCUGCAGAAAGAUGCCUUUCUGGUGUUUCGUGCGUUGUGCAAACUUUCGAUGAAACCACUUCCAGAAGGUCAUCCGGAUCCCAAGUCGCACGAGUUGAGGUCGAAAAUUCUUUCGCUGCAUCUACUGCUAUCCAUCCUGCAGAACGCCGGACCCGUGUUUCGUUCAAACGAAAUGUUCAUUAUGGCAAUCAAGCAGUACCUGUGUGUGGCUCUCUCCAAGAAUGGUGGGAGUGCUGUACCGGAAGUGUUCGAACUGUCGCUCUCGAUAUUCGUGGCACUCCUGUCCAACUUUAAGAUUCAUCUCAAAAAACAAAUUGAAGUGUUUUUUAAGGAAAUUUUUUUGAACAUUCUCGAGGCACCCAGUUCAUCCUUCGAGCACAAAUGGAUGGUCAUUCAGGCAUUGACACGAAUCUGUGCGGACGCGCAAAGUGUGGUAGAUAUUUACGUCAAUUACGACUGUGACUUUUCGGCCGCGAAUCUGUUCGAGCGUUUGGUUAACGAUCUUUCAAAAAUUGGACAAGGUAGGCAGGCCCUUGAGCUGGGUACGUCGGUAAAUCAAGAGAAAUCGAUGCGCAUCCGGGGACUGGAAUGUUUGGUGUCGAUCUUGAAGUGUAUGGUUGAAUGGAGCAAAGAUCUGUAUGUGAAUCCAAAUUCACAGACUACGCUCGGUGAUCCACCGUUGUCUGCAGGUGCUGGAGGUGCGGUGGUCGAACGAAAGAGCAGUUCGCUGAAUGUAAGUGGUGGAUCUCCAGUAGAUGAUCCGGUUCAUGAGAUGGCGUUGAAAUCACAUGGCGGCUCAAGCGUUAGCAUUAAUUCGCUGGGAAGCACCAACACCUCCGGAGGUAAUCGGGAGGUGCUCGAUCUACCCGAGGAGCUGGAAGAGCGAAAGCAACGCAAAGAAGUGAUGGAAACGGGAAUCGACAUGUUUAAUCGAAAACCGAAAAAAGGUAUCGCUUUCCUCCAGGAGCGUGGGCUGCUCGGAACGACGGUGGAAGACGUGGCACGAUGGCUGCACGAGGAUGAACGGCUGGACAAAACGCAGAUAGGAGACUAUCUGGGAGAGAACGAUGAGCAAAGCAAAACCGUCAUGUGUGCGUACAUCGACGCGAUGAACUUUGCUGAACUAGACAUUGUUGCCGCGCUACGCUAUUUUCUCGAGGGUUUCCGGUUACCGGGUGAAGCGCAAAAAAUUGACCGGUUGAUGGAGAAGUUUGCGUCGCGCUAUUGCGACUGCAAUCCGAACAAUACGCUGUUUGCUAGUGCCGACACCGUGUACGUGCUGGCAUUUUCUGUGAUAAUGCUGACGACGGAUCUUCAUUCGCCACAGGUGAAGCACAAGAUGACCAAGGAGCAGUAUAUCAAGAUGAACCGGGGCAUCAGCGACAAUAAAGAUUUGCCGGAGGAGUAUCUGUCGCAGAUCUAUGACGAAAUUUCGGGGCAUGAGAUCAAAAUGAAGAAUACGGUUGCAAACAAACCGGCUGGUAAGCAAAUUAUUGUGAACGAAAAAAAGCGCAAGCUGUUGUGGAAUCUUGAGAUGGAGGCACUCUCGACGACGGCCAAAAAUCUGAUGGAAUCGGUGUCGCACGUGAAAGCCUCGUUUACCUCCGCAAAGCAUCUGGAGCACGUUCGACCGAUGUUCAAAAUGGCUUGGACAUCCUUCUUGGCAGCAUUUUCCGUUGGGCUGCAAGAUUGUGACGAUCCGGAAAUAGCGUCCCUGUGCCUAGAUGGGAUUAGGUGUGCGGUGCGCAUUGCUUGUAUCUUUCAUAUGAGCUUGGAGCGUGAUGCGUACGUGCAAGCAUUGGCACGAUUCACACUCCUUACGGCGAACUCACCGAUCAAUGAAAUGAAGGCCAAAAAUAUAGACACCAUCAAAACGCUUAUAAUGGUGGCACACACGGACGGGAACUAUCUUGGUUCGAGCUGGUUGGACAUUGUAAAAUGCAUCUCCCAUCUCGAGUUGGCACAGCUUAUUGGAACCGGCGUGCGACCUGAAUUCCUGUCCGGUCCAGCAUCGCACCGAGAUACACUGGAUCCAUCGGCUAAAGAACAUAUUGGAGAAACGAGCUCGCAAAGUAUUGUCGUUGCAGUUGAUCGUAUCUUUACCGGCUCGGUCCGGCUGGAUGGAGAUGCUAUUGUAGAUUUCGUAAAAGCUCUCUGUCAGGUAUCAUUGGAUGAGUUGACGCGUCCGCAGCCGCGGAUGUUCUCGCUACAAAAGAUUGUCGAGAUUUCGUACUACAACAUGGGACGUAUUAGGUUGCAGUGGUCCCGCAUCUGGCAAAUCUUGGGCGAACAUUUCAAUGCGGUCGGUUGUAAUACGAACGAGGAGAUUGCUUUCUUUGCGCUCGACUCACUGCGCCAGCUAUCGAUGAAGUUUAUCGAAAAGGGUGAGUUUACGAACUUCCGGUUUCAGAAAGAUUUCCUGCGACCGUUCGAACACAUUAUGAAGAAAAAUAAUUCGCCAGCAAUUCGCGAUAUGGUAGUGCGGUGCGUGGCACAGAUGGUGAACUCGCAGGCGCACAACAUCAAAUCAGGCUGGAAGAACAUCUUCUCUGUGUUCCAUCUAGCAGCGGGCGAUCACGAUGAGGCGAUCGUGGAGCUUGCGUUCUUGACAACCGGUAAAAUCAUUACCGAUCUUUACCAGACACAGUUCCACAUCAUGAUCGAUUCGUUCCAGGAUGCAGUAAAGUGCCUAUCGGAGUUUGCGUGUAAUGCGCGUUUCCCGGACACGAGUAUGGAAGCGAUUAGACUCGUGCGGACAUGCGCAAUUUGUGUAAACGAUUCGCCAAACCUGUUUGCUGAGCAUGCGGGCAUGGAAAAUGACGUGUCCGUACCGGAGGAAGAUCGGGUGUGGGUACGGGGCUGGUUCCCGAUGCUAUUCUCACUCUCCUGUGUUGUGAAUCGGUGUAAGCUUGACGUACGAACGCGCGGGUUAACCGUCCUAUUCGAGAUCGUCAAAACGCACGGCGAUGCUUUCCGGGCGAAUUGGUGGCGCGAUCUGUUCAAUGUGCUGUUCCGUAUCUUCGACAACAUGAAGCUACCAGAACACCAGACGGAAAAAGCGGAAUGGAUGACAACAACGUGCAAUCACGCACUGUACGCGAUCAUAGACGUAUUUACACAGUAUUUUGAUGUGCUUGGACCGAUGCUAUUGGCCGAUCUGUACUGUCAGCUGCAUUGGUGCGUGCAGCAAAACAACGAACAGUUGGCACGAUCCGGAACAAAUUGUCUCGAGAAUUUGGUCAUCUCAAACGGGCUUAAAUUCAGCGAAGACACUUGGAGCAAAACGUGCCAGUGUAUGCUAGACAUAUUCAAUAGUACGCUACCGAAUGAGCUGCUUACGUGGAAACCGGACCCAUUGCCACAAUCGAUCGUUGGUACCGGUGCGGCAACAAAUGUUACACGUGUGCACGAGAAUGGAGAUCUGCCGCGACACGGAAUUCUUAAACGCUCUGGAUCACAACACUCGAUGCAUGGAUUGCAGGAUUCUCACGCAGGUGAUCAAACUGUAACAAAUCUAGCCUCCAACGGUGGCAACAUAGUCGCGAACACAUCGGUACUAUUCUCCAAUCUGCUUAUUAAAUGCGUUGUUCAGCUCGAGCUGAUACAGACGAUUGACAAUAUAGUGUUCUUUCCGGCGACGUCACGCAAAGAGGACGCAGAAACGCUCGCACAGGCAACGGCGGAGCUUAGCGCCAUUAAUCACCACGCAUCGUCCUAUCCUUCAUCCCUUUCCGGCGAGGAGUGCCAGCGGGAAGAGCAGGGAAUGUACAGCUAUCUGAACACACCUCAUCUUCUGCAGCUGGUGGACUGUUUAAUGCAGAGUCAUCGGUUUGCGAAACAGUUCAAUUCGAACAAUGACCAGCGGACAGUGUUGUGGAAGGCCGGAUUUAAGGGUUCACUGAAGCCAAAUCUGCUGAAGCAGGAAACGCAAUCGCUUGCGUGCGUGUUGCGAAUACUGUUCAAAAUGUACAGCGAUGAGAACCGGCGGCGUGACUGGCAGGACAUCGAGAAGCGACUGAUCGGUGUAUGUACGGAAGCGUUGGACUAUUUCCUCUCACUACCGAGUGAACCGCAUCGGGAUGCAUGGACUUCACUGUUGUUGCUAGUAAUGACUCGAUUGCUGAAAAUGUCCGAUGCUAGGUUUGCAGCACACAUUGGCAGCUAUUACGUGUUUCUGUGCGAUCUAACCUGCGUGGAUCUGAAGCCGGAACUGCGAACAGUGUUGCGACGAGUUUUCUUGCGUAUCAGCCCAGUGUUUGGAAUCUCGAGUGCCACUGCUGGAGCGUCCAAUACUGUUCCUAUGGCAGCUACCUAGUAUCAGCGGCACGGCUUCAUCUCUCGUAUUACUAACAACGACAACAGUAACAGGUGGCAUCCACAGUACCACCACGGUCCGUGGCAGUAUGUGCCACAUAUAACGAUGUACCGUCAUGCUUAUUCCACGCCACAUCACCCACAAGCAAUGCGUUCCUCCUUAGCAUCCACUACUGGCUGUCAGUGUCAUCGUUGGCGUGCGCUAGCGCUCAGUGACCCGAACGGCUUCCGUUCCUUCCCGUCCUCACCGGAGCGGCAUCGUAGCCGACUGAUGCACCAAAGACGUGCUUCAUCGACCGGGGUUUUGGGUGCUUUUAGCAUGGGCAGCUCCAGAACAGAUCAUUCGGUAGGGGCGAUGCGCAAUAACAGCAGAAGCAACAAUAGUAGCAUAAAAAAUAUCAUUACCACUACCUCUAGUAAUAAUGAUAGCCUUAGUACACGUCGCUCUUCAACUGUUGCAGCACCUACAGCACCACGUUUUUCGUCGUUUGUUUCUUCUUUCGUACGCCGACCCACUUCCUCCACUUCCUCGGCCUUUUAUCCGAUGGGCACAUUUUAUUCCGCUAGCAAUCGUGUAGCCGUUCCCGGUAGGUCGAGUGGUGGUUGCAAAAACAAUUCCUCGUGGAUGAAAAAUCGUAUAUUGUAGUCAUGUGUGAUGUGUGUGGUUGAGGACAGAACGGAGCACUUAGUGCACCAUUUUUACUAUUAAAUCUUUGCGAACGCCACAAAACAAAAUUCCAAAAUCUAAACAUUAUUUUAUUAACUUUUAAAUCCAAAGAAAAUUAAGAUCCGAUGCAGUAAGAUCAUAAGACACUUGUCAAAAUUAAGAUAGUUAUCUUAUUUGCACCUGUCUUCAAGUUAUCGUUUACCCGCAUUUUAUGUUCACGAUAGUCUUUACAACUCAUAAGCCGGAAUAAACGAUCCUUCUAGAGAUAAGCAAAAUCCAUUGUUGCAAAGAAGGUGUAUGAUGUUUGUUGUAAAUAGUAAAAUAGAUGCUUGAAAUGAGUUGAAUUAACACAACCAUUAGAUGCUGCUUGGCUUGAGAAUAAUUCACCUAUGCUAGUUGCAGGCAUGCCGAUACAGAGACACCUUUGACGGUGUUGUGAGAAAGUUUGAUAGCUUGUUUCAAGCUAGAAAAGUGCGUGGCAACCCGGAAUAACAUGGACUAGUGACAGUGUAAGGUAACAAUGUUUAACCAUGAAACUAUCAACCAUAACAAGAGGAAUGCACAGGACGCGAAGCAUAUAUAAAAUGAAAGACAAACUCAAACACAACCCAGAGAGAGAGAGAUGGUUGUGUGGUAAUGAUUAAAAGCAAAAUCACAUUGAAUUAGCUAAUCGCUUUGUAUACAUAAGUGUAAUGGAUGAGAGAUUUCAAGUAGUGUAUGUGUGUCUCAAGUGGUAAUCGCAUGUUUCUAAAAAAAAAACAAAUCAAAUCAUAAUGGUCCGAUAGAAACGACCAGCACACAAGCAAAAGCGUGUUAUUAGGACUGACACAUCUGUUUUGGAUCUGUUUGGUAAAUAUGUUGAGUACGGCGUAAAUUGUGUUACAUUUUGGCAUUUCACUUCUCGGCACGAAGACGGCUAUAUAGUUAUGUUGACGGGAUCCAGUCCAGCAAUAGAGAAAAGAAGGAAAGAAUGGAACCGUUUUAGCAUAUACUCUGUGAUCGAUGCCGAGCGAAUCGUACGUGCGUAAGAAGGUGAUAAAUUAACAAUUUAUUUGUUAUAUAAAAUGAUUAACGAAAGAGAAUAUACAGUAUAUAUAUAGUAUAAUAUAUACUAAUAUGCAUACGAUUAAAAAUACACCAGUUGUAACUUUAGUGGAAUUUAAA